UCUAUUCUUUCCCACACCAAAACGUCUAUCCAUCAUUUCUAGCGUGGUAGUUGUCUUUGGUACCCUCACUUCUUUCAUUUUGAGUGAUUGUUGGACUGCAUGCGGCAGAGAGGCAGGGCUUCGAACCGUAGAUCCAGGACUUUCUCUCGUUCUCGCAUUGCCAUUGAAGGCCGCUAAAUUUUCACCAUUUUCCCCUCUUCAAUUACUUCUCUAGUACUACCCGCUCUUUUUUCUUUCCGAAUCGUGUCUGUUAUCCUCCUAGAUCUGAAAUCCAUCGUUUCCAGUCUCGCAAUAUGGCCGCCUCAGCGUUGGGAAUGACGGAAGAGAGGGAGGUGUUCAAGAAAUACUGGGUUGAACACUCUGUUGAUUUGACUGUUGAGGCUAUGAUGCUUGAUUCUCAAGCGUCAGAUCUUGACAAAGAAGAGCGACCUGAGGUACUUUCCAUGCUUCCACCUUAUGAAGGAAAGUCCAUGUUAGAACUCGGUGCUGGUAUUGGUCGUUUUACUGGUGAAUUGGCCCAAAAAGCUGGCCAGGUUAUUGCUCUGGAUUUCAUUGAGAGUGUUAUAAAGAAGAAUGAAUGCAUAAAUGGGCAUUACAAAAAUGUGAAGUUUAUGUGUGCUGAUGUGACAUCUCCCAGUCUCAAUUUUUCACCAAAUUCUGUGGAUAUCAUAUUCUCCAAUUGGCUACUCAUGUAUCUUUCUGAUGAAGAGGUUGAACGUCUGGUUGAAAGGAUGUUGAAAUGGUUGAAGCCAGGAGGGUACAUUUUUUUCAGAGAAUCUUGCUUUCAUCAAUCUGGAGAUCACAAGCGCAAAAGCAAUCCGACUCACUAUCGUGAACCUAGGUUCUACACCAAGGUCUUCAAAGAAUGCCAUAUGACAGAUGAAUCUGGGAACUCCUACGAGCUCACCCUUAUUGGAUGCAAAUGUAUUGGAGCUUAUGUCAGAAGCAAGAAGAAUCAAAACCAGAUUAGUUGGUUAUGGCAGAAAGUUGAUUCAGAGGAUGAUAAAGGUUUCCAGAAGUUUCUGGAUACGAGUCAGUACAAAUUUAACAGCAUCCUGCGGUAUGAAAGGGUAUUUGGUCCAGGCUAUGUUAGCACUGGAGGAAUCGAAACAACCAAAGAGUUCGUCUCGAAGCUUGAUUUGAAGCCUGGCCAGAAGGUCCUAGAUGUGGGUUGUGGCAUAGGUGGAGGUGAUUUUUACAUGGCAGAGAACUAUGAUGUGGAGGUUGUCGGAAUUGAUCUCUCUAUUAAUAUGAUCUCUUUUGCCCUUGAGCGUUCAAUUGGUCUCAAAUGUGCUGUUGAGUUUGAGGUGGCAGAUUGUACCAAGAAAGAUUACCCUGAGAACUCUUUCGAUGUCAUCUACAGUCGUGAUACCAUUUUGCAUAUUCAGGACAAACCUGCAUUAUUUAGAUCCUUCCUCAAAUGGCUGAAGCCUGGAGGCAAAGUUCUAAUCAGUGACUACUGCAAGAGUGCUGGUCCACCUUCACCUGAAUUUGCAUCUUACAUCAAGCAGAGGGGGUAUGAUCUCCACGAUGUGAAGGCAUAUGGGCAGAUGCUUAAAGAUGCUGGAUUUGUUGAGGUUAUUGCCGAGGAUAGGACUGACCAGUUCAUUCAAGUUCUGCAGAGGGAACUAGAUGCUCUUGAGAAGGAGAAGGAUGAAUUCAUUGCUGAUUUCUCUGAGCAAGAUUACAAUGAUAUAGUUGAUGGGUGGAAGGCCAAGUUAGUGCGGACUAAAGGAGGUGAGCAGCGAUGGGGUUUGUUCAUUGCCAAGAAAAAAUGAAGAAUCAGCUAGUUGGUGAACUCUUCACGGGACCUUCUACUCGUAUUAGUUUAUCUAUUUAUUUUCAAUCUGAAUUGUAUUUGGGAGAUAUGCCAAUAAGUUGCGUGUUGCAGACUAAAAGAUAAUUUCUCAUAAUUAUCUUAUAUAUUAUGGAUUUACAACAUUUGAGUUAAAUUAGUAAAUUUCUCAUUCGAAUCAUUCUCAUAAGAUAUAGUCAAUCCACAUGAGAGAUCCAGUGGUUAAAUUA